GUGCCUCGCUUGAGUUUUUAGAACAGUGUGGGCUGCCUGCCUCUCCUCAUCAGUACUGUGGGGAAUCUCCUAAUGGGCCGACUCUCCCUACACGCUGACGGAGGCUUUUACUGCAGUGAUGGGAACGUCUCAGCAUCUGCAUCUCUCCCCGGUGAUGAACCAACCGGUAGGAAAAGCAAGUCUUGUGUGUUCUGUUUUCCUGAACAGCGACAUGUCCAACCCAGCCUGUCCUGCACCCGCCGCGCCUUCCACCUUACCUGAGAGAGAGGGAAAGGGAGCGUAGAGGUGCUGAGGUGGUGGCGGUAGUGGUGAUGGGGACGCUGCAAGAGUAAAGGCAAGAACUUGUCAACAUCCUCCUACCGUCUGAUAUCCUUCCUCUCUCGAGCUGUGAAGGUGAUGGAGCACAUGGUGGCCACACAUCUAUCUUAGUGGCUAUAGAGAAACUGCCAGGUACAAGAGGAACAAUAUGGCUUCUGAUCCCGCAGGACCACGCUGGUUGCUCUGGUGCAGAUGGAUGGCGACGGCCUUGGUGCGGAUGAGCGCGUGUCUCGUGGUGGCGGCGACAGCGCUGGUUGUCGCCGCCCCGUCUGAUGUGGAGUUCGUUUCGCCCUUCUUCACGCCAGCCAUCACUGACAUGGGCUGUGGGGAGGACGUGGACGACGAUGAAUGUGAGACACGAGCUGAAGUGUGCUCUGGCAUCUUCCCUGACCCUGAUACAGAUGCAACAAACUCCAGUGAGCCGUUAUCAUUAGAUUUCCAGGCCUGCCUCAUUGCCAACCAAACCCCACAACUCCCCACACAGCCCAGCCUUGCACCCAUGUUGAACUUACCUGUCAUCCCAAUGCCAAUGCCAGACAUGGUUCCAUUUCGUUUCUGUGCCCUCAAUGUCACUGGCCUGCUCAAGCCAGACAUGACAGUCAACCACACUGCUAUUGGUGACUUCCUGAGGACUGUGGUGCCCCCAGAUGUGUCAGCAGAUGUGGUGGUGUCUGCUGUGUCUGCGUGUCCCAACCCAUUGCUGCAUUCCCUGACGGCCUUCAUGCACUGCCUGCGUGCUGCUUGUUUGAUUCUCACAACAUCUGAUAUGAUACCCACAAGGCCCACUCCUUCUCUCAUUAUUUCACCUUAUUCUGGAGCACCUUAGCUAUGUAUUCUCAUCCUAGUCACAUUCAGGCAGUCAUGUCUCUCUCUCUCUCUCUCUCUCUCUCUCUCUCUCUCUCUCUCUCUCUCUCUCUCUCUCUCUCUCUCUCUCUCUCUCUCUCAUAUCCUUGUCACAUCACAGGAUCUCUCUCCCUUGCCCAUCUCUGUUGUAUCCUUCAAGCACACAGUGAGUUCUUUUCUUUCUAUACCUAACCCAUUGCAUGUUUUUUUUUUGUUUUGUUUUUUUGUCAAAUUCUGUUCCAGAGAAUAAACUUUAACAUUCUACAUAAAUGCAAAGGUAUCACUUACCAAGUUUAAAAAAUUAAAUUAGGGAACAGCCUUGGAAAAUUAAGGAAGACUGAGCCUAAACUGUAAAUUCAAACAAUUUUUUUGCUACUGCAUGUAAGGAAAUUAUUUAAGAUUCAUGAAUGUUCAAAAUUAUUGCUUAUGAAAGUGGAUUCCAAUUCUUGUGAUUCAAAAAAUAAAAACUUUAUCUUCCUUCACUACUACAUACACAACAUAUAAAGCACAUGGCCAAAGCCUCAGCAGUAUAUACCACUGAAGUAAAGAUAUAAAAGUCAGUUAAAAGGUAAAAACUAAAUUCUGGAAAUCUUA